AUGCGUGUCGCUAUCUUGCUUGGUGCCCUGGCGGCGCUGGCCGCGGCAUUCCCUCAUCCACAAGAGCAAGAAGACCCAACGGGAGAACCCUCACUCCCAACGCCCACAAUCCCAUUGCCGCUGUCAACAUCUCUAAACAUUCCAAUCACCGGCCUGUCGACAAGUGUACCCUCAUUCGCAACUCCGACUCGCACUCGGUCUAGAAGGCCUCACUCGGAGCCAAUUCCCAUCUUUACCAAGGAGUGCCUCUGCAAUCUGGCAACGGCUGCGUAUCCGUGCUGGGCUACGGACGCGCUGCAAGUGAGUUAA